AUGAAAAGAUUUGUGAUCAUUGGACUGGCCACAGCGGUUACUGUCCCAUUGAUUUAUGCCUUGAAGAAACGCGAACGUCGGACUGAAGUGGUGCAGGCAGAGCAGGAGGAGGACGAGGAGGUGGCCCACGAGUGCGAGCAGGAGCCCCAACUGGUGGAGGAGGAUGAGGAUGAGCCGCGGAUGGUGGAGUAUGAUCUGGUGGACGAAGAGGGUCACCCGCAACCUCAACGUGAAAUCGGCGUUGGGGAAAUAAUUGUGGUUUUGUGCACUGGAUUUUUCCUGUCGAAAAUAUUUUCGCGUGGCGUGUUCUAUAAAAUCCUGAUGUCGAGGCUCAAUCUUGUGCAGUAAUGCACUUUCCUUCACCUGUGCUUAAUCCUGUAUCUCGUAUUCUGUUUCCUGCUUCUUUCUUCUGUUCCUCCCUGACACAAGUAUCCCCAAAUUCUCUUAGCUGCCCGAUCAAAUCUGGAACAUCGAUGUAGUCAAAGAAAAUUUGCCUAAAACUCGCCUUGACAGAUGCAUAGCCCUGGUUCCCCCUUCCAUGUUUCGAGGUAUAUCUAAGUGGGAGUGGAAAACAGGGUUACCGCACAAAAAUAUCUUUCUAAAGAAAGACAGAGAACCCUUGAAACGAGCAGCUUGAAUUGGACGAGAUUCAAUCCACGGAGACUUUAACCAAAUACAUCUGAAACACUUAAGGCAAAUAUUCUUCAUUUCAUUACUGAAACGCAGUGUAUGCAUACAAAAUGUCAAUAGAUACGAUAUUACGAUCGGGAACUUAAGACUCCACUGAGCCCAAAAUAAA